AUGACGGAGAUCGCCCCCCGCGAGGUCACUCCGCCUGUCCUCCAACCACCGUCGGCCAAAGAACGGAAAUAUGACCGGCAACUGCGAUUAUGGGCUGCCUCAGGACAACGCGCCCUAGAACAAUCCCAUGUUCUCCUGGUUGUGGGAGACGAGGCCUACGGCUCCAACAGCAGCGUUGCUGGUGCUGAAGCCCUCAAGAACCUCAUCCUCCCUAGUGUGGGCAGCUUCACAAUUGCAGACUCGGCGACUGUCACUGAAAGAGAUUUGGGAAUCAACUUCUUCCUCGAGGCGGACAGUCUUCACAAAUCAAGAGCGGAUGAGAUGAGAAGACUGCUUCAGGAGUUGAAUCCCGAUGUCAUAGGCCACGCUAUUUCGGCUCCCUUGAUGGAAUGGCUCCCUGUGCAAGACUCCCUCAAGCCAUACAAUUUGAUUCUUCUCGGGGGUCCUGUGUCUCGGGAACCGCUCGAGAGGAUAUGUGGUUAUGCUUUGGAGAACUCAAUACCAGUAAUUUACCUCCAGUCGGUCGGGUUCUUUGCCUCCUUCUCAAUUCAACUGCCUACAGAAUUUCCCAUUGUGGAUACUCAUCCCGAUCCUGAAAGUACCCAAGAUCUCCGGCUCCUUGCACCCUGGCCUGAACUCGACGCUGAAGUCGAUGUUCUUGGGGAUCUCUCAUCGUUGUCAGAUCACGAACAUGGCCAUAUCCCCUACAUACUCAUUCUCUUACACUACCUCAGACGGUGGAAGCUUGAUCACAAUGAUCAAUACCCGUCCUCUUUCAAAGAAAAGACCGAGUUCCGGGACCUCGUCAAGUCGGGCGCAAGAACGAACAAUUCUGAGGGCGGAGAAGAGAACUUUGACGAAGCUUGUGCUUCGGUACUCAAGAGUAUAACCCCACCACCAAUAGGCAGUGGGUGUAAGGAGAUGAUGGCCAUGCUUUCCUGUACCAACCUGACCAAAGACUCUGCAAACUUCUGGGUUGUCGCAAACGCCAUUAAACAGUUCUACGACACCCACAACGUUCUACCUCUACCUGGAACUCUGCCAGAUAUGAAAGCCACCAGUGCAGACUACGUCAAGCUUCAGACUAUCUACAAGAGCAAAGCACGAGCUGACGUCGCCGAAGUGACGAGGCUUGUUCGAGAAAUCGAAGCAUCUCUCUCAAGGACGACUGCACUAGUCCCAGACUCUGAGAUUGAAGCCUUUUGCAAGAACGCCUCUCAUGUACGCGUCUUGACGAACCAGAACAGAGAAGCCCUUCCUUCGCUCCGCCUGCUGUCCCCAGACAUCAAACUCUCUUCCCGGCUUAUUUCCAUUAUCGAAAACGAUUGGGAGUCCCUAUUCCCUGCGUUCAUCGCCCUUAAUAAUAAAGCCUUUUCGGCAGAUGUGUCACUCAAUGUACAAUCACUGUCAUCCGACCCGGAGAUCCAGGAGAAUAUUGCAAAUGCGAUCGAGGAGAUCGAACGUGCAGACGGUGGUGAGCUGCAUAACAUUUCCAGUAUAGCAGGAGGCAUGGUUGCGCAGGAGGCGAUCAAACUGCUUACGAGGCAGUAUGUCCCGGUAGAUGGGACUUGUGUUUUUGACGGUAUAAAGAGUAAAUCCGCAGUCUUUAAGAUAUGA